AUGAAAGCAGCGCAGUUUGAGAGGAUGCGACUGCUGUUUCGCAACGUCCAUGCGAUUGGAAAGAAGAUGAGGCCAUUCUCUGACUACGUUUGGAUGUGCGAGGUGGAUGAAAAGAAAGGGUUAGCUGUAGGAAAGACAUACAGAAAUGCAAACCAGGCCCAAGUCUUCAUGCACUAUAUAGCAGAGAUUGAAAGGAGGAAGGUAAAGGAGGAGAUAUCUGCUACCAAGUUCAUCUCUAUAAUGGUAGAUGGAUCAACAGACAGCAGUGUAAUGGAAGAAGAGUUGGUCUACACUAGAAUGAGCAGAGCAGGAAAAGUCAAGGUGCAGUUUGUGGGCAUCCAGGCAUUGAAAAAGGCAGAUGCAGCACAUAUUACAGAUGCAAUAUGCUCCCAGAUGUCUGCAAUCAGUGGCGGUGAGGAUUGGAAGGGAAAGCUAGUUGCUUGUGGGACGGAUGGAGCGGCCGUUAUGACAGGAUCCAAGACAGGAGUUGUCAGCAGGCUUCGUGGGGAAAGGACGUACAUUUUAGGAGUCCACUGUAUGGCACAUCGCCUUGAGUUGGCUUUUAAAGAUGUAAUGAAGACCAACAAUCUGUGUAGGAAAGUUGAGGACCUCUUAACUGGCCUGUUCACCUUCUAUCACAGGAGCCCACUGAACAGAGCCAAAUUAAAAGACAGUUUCUCCGUGCUAGGUAUAAAACCCCUGAUGGCCACCAGAAUAGGAGGUACAAGGUGGGUCUGUCACCUAUUGAGGGCCUUGGACCAUUUCCUUAGGGGGUUUAAGGGGAUUGUACAGCACCUUGAGCAGAUGCAAUCACCAGACGAUGAAGGGGUAAAUGCUGCUCAACAGAGCAAGGCACGAGGGUUCUACAAGUUGAUGACUGAUGGAGAUGUACUUAAGUUCAGCAGCUUCCUGCAUGAUACGUUGACUCAUCUCAGCAACCUGUCCUUGAAAUUGCAGCAGUCAUGUUUAACAGUAGCUGAUGUCCACAGUUGCCUGACCUCCACCCAGGCUGUGAUCCUCAAAUAUAAAUACAGACCUGGACCAAUGCUGAGGAAGGUGUUGGAUUCCAACACCUACCAGGGUGUUAACCUGAGACCUAGUGACACCAGCCACAUGAUGGCUAACAAAGACAAGCUUCUGGACAAGCUGUCCGACAGCAUGGACAACAGAUUUGGGGAUGUGGGGUCUGGAAUCCUGAACGAUUCAAAGAUAGUGAGCUUUCAACAAUGGCCUGAUCCAGAAAACAGUGCAGACUUUGGUGAUUUAGAAGUGGACAGGCUCACAAGUCACUUCAAGCCAAUAUUGAUCUCUUCUGGAGUUGAUGUCGAUCUGAUUGCAGACCAGUGGACCAUCAUCAAGUCCUGCCUCUACAAGGAGCCACAGGCACUGGAGAAGAUCACCUGGACUGAAGUUAACAGGAUGCUGAGGGAGACAUGCCCUGACUUCCUGGACCUUGUGGAUCUGGUGUUAUGCAUGCCAGCAUCAACAGCAGACUGUGAGCGUGGUUUUAAUGUAAUGAAGAUGGUAAAGUCUGAUUGGCGGUCCAGUCUCAAGUGUGAGACACUGUCUGACCUGCUCUUUGUCCAUCUGUCCUCCCCCUCAAUCAAAGACUUUGACCCUAGCCCAGCAGUUGAGAUGUGGCAUGCAAGCAGCAUACGGUCAAGGAGACCAGAUCUCAUGGAAGAUGCAGCAGAGGAGGAGGAAGAGGAUUGCAUGUGUUCUUUAUUUGUGGACUCUGAUUAGGAGCAGUUAGUAUACUGUCUGUGACACUGGAAAUCAAUUAAUAAAUAUAUGUAUAUAUUUUUUAGUUAUAACUUGUAUUAAUUUAGUUAAUAACUUGACAGCACUUAAAUAUUCUUACAAAAUAAAGAACAAUGUUUGUGCAAUUCAUAUUUUUCAUCUUUACAAGGCAAAAAAAAAACUGGCUGGUAAAAAGUCACUGUGGCAGGUGGAUUUCUA